UAUCCAUUGAAAGCAGUUCGCAUGAUUUCUGUGUGUAGCGAUUGACAGCUGCUGCGUCCUUUCACGAUUUCAGAAAACUCCCAAUUGCGACAUGUCAUCAUCAAUACGGGGAGUUUCCAGUGUUACAUUUGCAUCGCAAGAAGUUGGGGUUGUUCAGGGUACCAAUGUACAAUCGAAUGUUGAAGAUAACGAAGAGACACCACUACUGUCCGGUCGAGAUAUUCGUUCACGGACAUUACCCUGGCAACAUGACAAUGCUUUCAUUCACCUUCCUUCGCAGCUGGCCUUUUCUAUAUGGCAAUUUGUUCAUCUUUUUAUUCGCCUUUUUUCGCAGACAGCCUUUUCUAUAUACGAAUUCGUUCUUCCUUAUAGUCCCUUCCUAAUCUGGUGUCUAGCAACUAUAGCGCUGUGCGGCGCGUUGGUGAUGGAAAUUAAAGAAGGCCGAUUCAACACAUUGUUGUUCAUGUUGUGUACUCUGAAUUUUAUGUCCUUGGCCAUUUGUGGGAGGAGGGGUGACAGGAGAUGGUAACAAACAGAUGAUGGUGGAAAAUGAUGAUGUAGCCUCUUCUUUCGCGCAAUAUUCGCUUUUCUCGCCUCGAUAAUGUCAUAUGUGUACACUACCCUUAAGGGUAAUCUGUCAACGUAUAUAACGCUCCUAGGCGUUAGUAUAUUCCAGUGAAGGAUCAUUU